AUGCUGAUAUGUUAUGAAUAUACUCAGUUGCAUAUUCACAAACCGCAUUCUGAUCUGAUAUGCUUGAUUUUUUUGCAGCUUGGUGUUGACACCGUCCCUGUACUUGUUGGUCCAGUCUCUUACUUGUUGCUUUCCAAGGCUGCCAAGGGUGUUGACAAGUCAUUUGAUCUCCUUUCCCUUCUCCCAAAAAUCCUCGCCGUCUACAAGGAAGUGAUUUCUGAGCUUAAGGCAGCUGGUGCCACCUGGAUUCAGCUUGACGAGCCUGUCCUUGUUAUGGAUCUUGAGGGCCACAAACUCGAGGCCUUUACCGCUGCCUACGCUGAACUCGAAUCAACUCUUUCUGGUUUGAAUGUUCUCGUGGAGACCUACUUCGCUGAUAUCCCUGCUGAGGCAUACAAGACCCUAACUUCGUUGAAGGGUGUGACUGCCUUUGGAUUUGAUUUGGUUCGUGGCACCAAGACCCUUGAUUUGGUCAAGGCUGGUUUCCCCGAGGGAAAAUACCUCUUUGCUGGUGUUGUUGACGGAAGGAACAUCUGGGCCAAUGACUUUGCUGCGUCUCUAAGCACCUUGGAGGCACUUGAGGGCAUUGUUGGUAAAGCCCACUCAUCUUCCUCGCUCUCUCUUUCGCCUUCUCCUCUUAGCCAACCCUUUCUCUCCGAUUCUUCCUCCGUGAGAUCUGGAUCUGACUACGAUCUAUUGUCAUCUUUUGAAAAAUGA